AUGUUCGAGACCUUGGAGCGCGCUCAUCGCCCCGCGCUCCUGGACUAUUGCCGUGCGAUAGGAGGCUACGCCACCAUGCGGCGAGCGCUCAGCAAGGCUGACACGGCAAGCCUCCAUCAGCGCAUUGUCAUUGGCAGAUUCUUCAGUCACGUGGGAGAGUUUGCCGCGGCCAAGGAGGCGCUGCUACAAGCCAAGCCGGAGGCAGCAGCCAGCGAAAACCCAGCAGAUUUGGGCCAGGUGUGUACCUUGAUUGCCGAGAAUGAGAUCCGCUACUGGGACUCCUUGCGGAACUGGGGCUCUCCUGGCGCCUUAAAGGACCUCAUGGAGUGCUCCAGAACUGCCGUGGACAUCUUCCGUCGUGAGCUGGAGCGGUGUGACCGCAUGAGCACGCGGGUGGAGUAUGCUCAGGCGUUGAGCAGAUGGGCCAACGGAUGCUUCAAGAUCUCGUGCGUCAUCAACAUGGUGAUGGCCUACAGCUUUUUGAGCAAAGCAGACGAAGCAAUCCAAGAGGUGGAGGAUCUCUUCAAGGGCUGUCCUCCUUCCAAAGUCCUGGGUCGAGCUGUUCUAGUUCGAGGUGUUUCCAAACUGGUACUUGGCCACAAUCGUCAGCGCUAUCGUCUUCCACAUCGAGACAUCCUGGUUGAGGCAGCCCACCUCCUGAUGAGGGCAGAAGAGAUUCUGGUGCACGCUGCUGGCGAGGUGAAUGAAGGAUCCAUCUACACGCAUGGGAACCUGAGCGAGUUGUACUUGCACGAUGUGGGCCAUGUACCUUUGGCGCUGCUGCACAACACCAAGAGUUGCCUCGUUGGAUUAAAGCUUUGGGGCCCGGAGCACCCUAACGUGGAGCGCAAGCUGCGGGAGUUUGCCGCCAUCCUGGGCGCGGUGGGCUUCGGAAGUCAUGUUGAUGCAGUUCUAGCUGGUGACCUUCAGGCCCUGGAAGAGAUGCUGCGCGUCUUCACCUCCCAGGAGCAGCUCUUGCAGAUCGAUCUGCGCGAGUGGGAGCGAGAAGAGGACGCUGCGGCCUUGGACUAUGCGUCCAGACGUUGGGCACCAGAGGCCCCGCACAUGGAUCCAGAAUUGGUCGAGGUGUGUGCGCAGAACCGCUUGGCCCGCACAGAGAAAAACCCGCUUUUGGCCGGUUGGACGCACUGCAACGUGACCCAAGAGUUCAGUGCAUCACCUUGCAAGGAUCCCCUCCUCAGCUUCAUGUUGUUAGGACAAAGUCGAAUCUGA